AUGCGGCGGCACCUGCGGAGGCAGAGCAGCCUGGCGGAGACCUUCAGCAGUUUGGGCCAUGAUCCGAACCUCCAGUACAGCGACUACACAGGCUUCUGGGCCUUGCAGGAGUCGCUUCAAGUCGUGGAAAAGCUCUUCGAGAAGCCUGAGAAUUGGAAGCACUUCCAUGCGGCCAUGACGAAGCUGCUGAAGCAGUUCGAGAAGUAUCCCACCUCCGCGGAGCAACGGGAGCCCUGGACCCCACCGGAGCCAGCUCCACAGCGUCAGGUCUGUCGUGCCCGAGCCUUUCGUGUUCAGAUGGACGACCCGCAGCUCAGAAUCCAGUUCCUGACGCAGGUGCUGAUUGCUUUCCAAGCUCUGGAGCAAGAUGUGUCCAGUCGUAGGGAUCGCCCGGGCGGGUUGAUCUCCACGCAGCCGGACUCGAUCCAUGCUCAGCUGAAGGAGAUCAGAAGUUGCAUCGAAAAGGUGCUGACUCAAACGCGGGCCAGUGUCGGCACCAUGGUGACCCACGUCCUAGCGCGGGAGUCCCACUGGGUAAACUGGAAGGGAAUGGGCUGCCGCGAGUGGGAGCAUGACAGCCUGGAGAUGCUGACCGGCAAGGCGCAGGAAAUCGAUGUGGUGGGCACCACCGUUUCGUUUCCGAAGUACGACAAACCAAAGCUGGACCCCACCAUCCGCGACCUCUUGAAGGAGGUCAAGGACUUCACGCCGCCAGUGAUCCAACCCCCCCGGACCGAUUCUGAGGGGAACCCAGAGCCUUGCGCCCUGGAGCUCCGCAGAAUUGGGGAGCAGGGCUUGGAUCGCCACGAAGGGGACGAGGAUCCCGCAAAUGGCAUCGAGGAGGAGUAUAAGGCCAAGUACAACAAGGCCUUCAUGUGGCAGAGCCGUCGGCUGUUCGGCCGACACCAUAUCCGGGUCUACGCCCGUAAGGAAGUUUCUGGGAAGACGGACUUCAUGGACUUUGUCCGCUCGGCCCGUAAUCGGAAUCCACCGCCCCCAGAGCCUGCGAAGGAGCCUGAAGUUGCCUCAGCCACGUCUGCCUCGGCCGCGCCUGCGCCGGCAGCUGUGGCGACGGCCGCGGCAACGCCCGCACCGGCGGCAGCGGAAGCCCCGGCGGUUGCGGAUGUGCUGGAGGCGGCGGUAGCGGCUGCUGAGGCCGUGGCAGACACUCCGCCAGGUGGGGAGCCUGUGUCCGUGGCCACGGAGGCCAGGAACAGUGAGAACUCGGGACCUUCGUUUUUCGUAAACUCAACAUGGGACCAUCAGCGGGGCGGAGGUGUCGACAGGAUGCGCCUUUGCUUUUUUGAUGCUGGAGCGGCCUGGCCUCUGGCCAUCGAGGUGGACCCCCCUGCCGCAGCCGUGCCUGCCGAAGAGGCACGCUAA